AUGGAGGUCAAGCCCAUAACCGUACAACUCGAGACGGAGAAACACAACGACAUCGAUAUAGUGACUCAGUACAUCGAUGCCUUCAUAUCAACUCCUGGCAACGGGUAUUCCGAGAUCAUUCAGACGUACUUGAAAGAGAGUGGAGUUUCUGUAAAAGACUUUGUACUUACAAUUCACAAGAUAAACACCUCUAAAGUCGAUGUGAGCAGGGAUGGUGUUAUUGAGGAGAUCACAGACAUCCAUAAAUUUGAUUUAUAUUAUUAUUACAUCAAACUUUGUAUGGUAUCGUAUGGCAAGUGGGUGUUCAUUCAAGGAAAUAAAGAGAGUGGUAUAUUCAAAAAGGCAAAGGCAUUACAAUCUUCUGAAGAAGAGUUUGACUAUAAAUUAGCUAAGAAGAUGUGUGGUCUUGAAAAAGAGGACAUCGUCGAGUAUCAGUACAAGGCAAAGUUAUUUGAUCCAUCCCACUUCAUCGCAGUGACUAAAAGCGUGAAUUCCAUUGUCGUUGUCAUAAGAGGGACUUUGUCGUUCGACGACGCAAAAGUCGAUUUGUGCGCAAAACCAGUCCCGUACGAUUUCAAUGGAAUUAAGGGGUUCACACACGCUGGAGUGUAUAAGUGCGCGCUGAAUAAGUACCAACAAAUCAUUAAAACACUUUCUGCGCUGAGAGUGAAAUACCCCAAGUAUGAUAUCACUUUCGUUGGACACUCACUUGGUGGCGCUGUAGCACAAGUACUGACAUUGGAAGUAUACAAAAAGCAUCCAAAUUGGCCUUUAAAGUGCUACGGAUUCGCGUCUGCGUUGUGCUUGUCGUUGAACAUUUCGACUGACCCUCUGGUGUGCGAUCUGAUAGACACGAUUAUAUCAAAAGAAGACAUUGUUCCUCGAUUGUCGUAUGACUCAGUGCUUGGCAUUAGACCAUUUCUGGAUGAGGUCAAACAAAUCCACGAACAGACCAAAUUGAUUAAUUUGAUGUCAAAAGAAACGACGGAAAGAUUUGAAGCCGCUUUUAAAGGAUUCUAUCAAUCGACAAGGAACAUUGGCGAUAAUGUUCUGGUGCCAGCUGGGCAUGUGUACCACAUAUUGAAAACAAAAGAAGAUGGUGAAAGAGCGUACAGAAUGUUUAGAAAAGACAACAAGGUCUUUGGGUGGUUGUUUAUUCGGGUGCUCAGUCUCAGCGACCACUUCCCUUAUAAUUAUUAUCAUGUGAUUGAAAAGUUGAUGGCUACGGGAGGUAAUUGA